AUGGAGAUACAGCUGAUUCCAGCAGAAUGUUGCCCGCUUUGUGGUAAAAAACGAAAAAGUAAUGACAAAAAACAAAAGAAGAACCACGCAAAAGGUGACCAGGAUAUUGCGGACUGUAAGGCCUGUCCGAAUGAAUCUGGCCAGUUUGUCACCUGCCUCAAGAAGGACGCACAGCCAUCGGUAAUGCUUUGGUUUUUAGGCCAAAAGAGGUUGAGUGCCAGUGCGACGGGCAAAGCAAUGGACACCACAGGCGUCACAGAGCCUCCUCACAAAGGCCAGCAGAGGAUCCUCAAGCGAGGCACGAUCGGAGGGCGUCAAGUAGAAAAGCGUCGUUCACGGCGGGAGAUUCGAGGCGGGACAGCGCACCAUGCGCGAACAUGGAACAAAGAAAGACGAAGAAGGCGAAGAAAGAGUCAAGCAAGUCAAAGGGGAGAGACUCAAGAAUGUACCAACGUGACCCAAGCUCCGGCAAUACUCCGUGCCAAAUCUGCGGCACUUCAUCUUCCUCUGACAGUUCAAGUCCGCAAUGCAAGCGGCAAGACCACAAGGGAACUCAAUCAUCUGUACGAAUAUGCUCUAGAAUUAGACAGAAUGAAUAUCAAUCACCAACCUGUGACGCUUCCACCAGCAUCCAACCAUAUAAUGCCCCCGGAACACAGCCGCAGUACCCAGAGAAGAUGGCGCCAGGUCAGAGUUCGCCCAAAACGAAUCGCCGCUUGCAAGUCUCAGGCCCCUACAUUCUGGUGCCCUCAUACAAUCAGCGACUUGACUCACUGUCCGGUCCGCAUGGUGCACAGCCAGGGAGCACCGACAUUGAACUUCCUAAGAGUCUGCUCACUAGGACAUAUUUCCCAGAGUGGUCACUUAGGGCAUCACUUUUUCCACAAGAGCAAUCUCACUCGCAAGUGUGAUCCUAUGUUAUGCUAUUUUAAGAUCGGUCGACUUCCUAAUGACAUGGCUUGCUCGCACCCAGAAUCAGCGCUAAUUCUCCCGGUGCGAGUUGCAAAGACAAGCACUCCCCGAAACGUUGCGCGGUCAACCGGCCUGCCAGGACAAGCAGAAGCAAACUCGCGCAAACGUCUCCUUCCCGACGGCGAACCUCCACUCAGCGAGUCAGUCACAGCGUUGCGGAAUGUCAUCUUCUCGUCAUCUAGAUUUCGAAAUGCUGUUAACAACUUCCAUGUUUUUCAUUUCCAGAGGCCAGUGAGUGAAAGAGACGCCGUACGCGAACAACAAUACGAAGGAGGGGAUCCUCGGCAACAAGAGACGGCGGCGGCGCGGAGUGCGCUGGCGCGGGCGGCGAAGGCCGUCGAGGGCGGGCAGCGAGGCGGAGAGGCGGAGCAGCCAUGGCGCAGCCCGUCAAAUGGAAGGCUUCUUCCUCCACCACCACCACCAACACCACCAGCACGCAGCCCAGAACCUCCACGCCCGCCACCACCACCAAAGUACUCUUUCACGAGGAACACGUUGCGUUCGACGUUGAACACGCGCGGAUCGCGAGACGCAAUUCAACUGCCAGAAAGAUCAAACGGCAAUGUCAAUGGGGUGCGGCUGCUGCUGCAACCGCAGGUGCUGUGGCGGUUGCUGCUGUUGCUGCAACGACCCGGACCCCGGCCCCAGCAUCACCAUCAACCUCGGGAAGGGCUCCGGCAGGAGAAGCUGCUGUUGCUGCAAUCAGCAACCUUGUCAACCAUGCCAACCCUGCGCCCCUGCUCCGUGCCAGCCUUGCGCGUCACCCUGCCAGCCAAUGCAGAUGGUUCUGCAGCUGCCUGUGGCGUUCCAGCCCUGCGCUGCUCCGUGUGCUACAACAGUGUGCGCGAUGCCAUGUGUACAACCGUGUUUCGUGCCACCUUGCAUCCCUCAACCUUGCCAACCACGACCAUGCGCGCCGCAGCCCUGCCACCCGCAACCGUGUCCCCCACGGCCGUGCCCCCCGCAGCCGUGUCCACCACGACCGUGUCCACCUCAGCCAUGUCCACCACGACCGUGUCCCCCUCAGCCAUGUCCACCACGACCCAUUCGCAACGGGCUGCGGUGCGCACGGCUGCGGUGCGCACGGCGCGCGUGGGCACGGCUGGA